AUGUCGUCGCAACAACCCGCUGCGGAUCCCAAUGCCGUGCCAGACACCCAGCUGGGGUUAACAGAGGACCAGAUCGAACUCCUGCGGCAUGGACAGCAAGCAGUGGCAGCGGCGGGGGGCGCGGGCUCGACCUCAUCGCGCGCCGCGAGCCGCGCCUCCUCCCAGGGGCUGGUGAUGAUGGACAGUUCGUCACUCAGCGCCCUCGGCCGCCAUUUCGACCGGGUCAUGCAGUCGAUCCAGCAGCGGCUCGAGUACCUGAUGGAGCAGUCCCAGAUCGUGACGCUCAGCGUCUACGACCGCGCCGGCAACCUCAUCGACAACGCCGACGCCGAGAUCGCCCGAUACCACGACAUCAUGGCACAGAUCGACGAGCUCGAGCUGGACUUUGACCGCAUAGCCGGCAUCCGCGAGAUCGUGCGCGGCUUCCGCCAGAGGGCCGAGGAGCUAGAGCGCGAGCUGGACCGCGCCGCCGGUAGUAGUUCGUCGAGGCGGCAGGGCGGCCAAUCGUCUUCUCGUCGCACCCAUGGCCAUUCGAGCAGUUCUGGGAAACGCCGGACUUGA